CUGGGGAAAGCAUCCAGACCGAGGCAAGAGGAGGGGAAUCUCCUUCGUUUCAAGGGGUUUCUCUUGCCCACAGGGGAUUUUGGGGAGCCCUGAAGUGAGGAACGGAGGGGGAAACCCUCCUGGUCCCCACCAUGGAGCCGUGGGUGCUGCUGAACCCGCAGCAGAAGGCGCUGUACCGGAAUGUGCUGCACGAGAGCUACGAGACGCUGAUGUCCCUCGCAGCACAGGGACUGGUGAGUGGAAAAGCAGCGGAGGAAGGGCCAGGAGCGGGAAGCCGCGGGGAGCCGGACGCACGCCCCGGCAGCGAGCAGAGCCCCAGCUCCAACCGGUGCAAAGCAAAGAGCCCAGACAAAGCGGAGCCUCCCGGUGCCGCCAGGACCCCCAGAGCGGCCCGUGCCAAACCCCUCCGUGGGGCAGCCCUGGCGCGGGAGCGCCCAUUCAGCUGCGCUGAUUGCGGCAAGAGCUUCCCGUGGGCCUCGCACUUGGAGCGGCACCGGCGGGUGCACACGGGCGAGCGGCCCUUCAGCUGCCCCGAGUGCGGCGAGACCUACAGCCAGAGCUCGCACCUCCUGCAGCACCGCCGCACGCACGCCAGCGACCGGCCCCACAAGUGCGGCGACUGCGGGAAGCGCUUCGCCGGCGCGGCCGAGCUGGCGGCGCACGGCCGGGGCCACGCCACCGACAAGCCCCACAAGUGCGGUGACUGCGGGAAGGGCUUCGUGUGGGCCUCCCACCUCGCCCGGCACCGGCGCGUGCACACCGGGGAGAAACCGUUCCGCUGCGCCGAGUGCGGGGAAGCCUUCAGCCAGGGCUCGCACCUCACCAAGCACCGCCGAAGCCACACGGGCGAGCGGCCCCAUCGCUGCCCGGCUUGCGGCAAAACCUUCUGCCAGAGCUCGGACCUGGCGCGGCACCACGGCACCCACCUGGGGAAGAAAGCGCUGCGCUGCGGGGACUGCGGGAAGCUGUUCCGGGCCGGCCCGGCGCUGGCGCGGCACCAGCGGUGCCACCGGCGGGAGCACUCCCACUGCUGCGCCGACUGCGGGAAGGGCUUUGUGUGGCCGUCCCACCUGGAGCGGCACCGGCGCGUGCACACGGGCGAGCGGCCCUUCCCCUGCGGCAGCUGCGGGGAGCGCUUCGCCCAGAAAGCCCAUCUCCUGCAGCACCGCAGGACGCACGCCCCGGACCGGCCCUACAAGUGCGGGCACUGUGGGAAGCGCUUCGGAGAGGCCCCCCCGUUCCUGGCGCACCAGCGGGGCCACGCGGCGCACAAGAGCUUCACGUGCGGCGACUGCGGGAAGGGCUUCGCGUGGGCCUCCCACCUGGAGCGGCACCGGCGUGUCCACACCGGGGAGAAGCCUUACGAGUGCCCCGAGUGCGGGGAGGGCUUCAGCCAGAGCUCGCACCUCACCAAGCACCGCCGCAGCCACCUCCGCAAGGCGCUGUUGCCCCCCCGGAGGACGCAGAUGAAGGGGGAGAAGCCGCUGGAUGCUGAGGGAGGGUGCGGCCAUGGGGAGCCCUGAAGGACACGGAGCAAUGGAUGCUGAUCCCGAGGGAAAACGCAGUCUGGGGACAAAGCAAAGGACGCUGGAGGGGCUGGAGGGUGACAGCAGGUGGGUGAUGGGGCUGUGAGGCAUCAGGGAGGGGUUUAUCCCCAUGUGGGGGACGGUGGCUGCAUCCCAAUGGUCAUCACAGGGGAGAAGGAGACACUUCCUGAGGGAUGCAGAAAGGGAUGGGGGGAAGCCAUGGCUGGUUCUUGUGCCAAGGUACGGUGGCGUUUGUGCCUGUUCCUCGCUGCCGGCAGGAUGGAGAAGGGGAUGCGUUGCACCCAUGGAGAGGGCCCCAUGCU